AUGGCAGCCAUGCCCUCCAGCGGCCCACUCGUGGCCACCCACGACUACUACCGGCGCGGCCUGGGCGCCACUUCCAGUAACAGCUCCUGCGGAUGUGCCGAGUGCCCUGGGGAAGCCAUCCCCCUCCAGCCCGCUCUCCCCAAAGCCCACCCAGGACACUGGUGGGCUAGCUUCUUUUUCAGGAACUCCACUCUCCCGUUCAUGGCCACAGUGUUGGAGUCCCCAGAGCACUCGGAAUCUGCCCAGGCCUCCACCAGCACGAUCACCUAUGACCUGGCUCAGGAAGCCGUGGGGAAGCAGCAGCCUGGCAAAACCAACUGCAGGCCCCUGUCCUGA